AUGCCUGCAAAGAUUGACACGGAACUCAACCUGCGAUUCUUGUACAUCUGCUUCAAGCAUUCAAAUUUCAGUACGGUCGACUUCCAUGAGGUCGCUUCCUACUUCCAGAUCAAGGCUCCGGCUGCUCGCAUGCGCUUGAUGCGUCUUCGUCAAGCACUGGAAGCAGAGUCUAGCAGAGAAGGCUUCAGAGAAAAGGACCGAAAGCGCCGACUCAAUCCGUUCAAAGCCAAGGACAAGAUGUACAACUUUGAUGGCGAAGAAGAUGACGACGACGAGUCUCUGGACGAUGUGCCACUGAUGCAACGCCUUCGGGCACGCCUGAUGCGCAUCAAGCGUGAGGAGGGAUCGAUGAUCAAGAAUGAGGACGGUACAUUGAUCAAGGAUGAAGACACUGAAAUGAUCAAGAGUGAGGAGGACGGAUUCUGGGGCAAGAAGGAAGAGGGUAUCGAUGAGCAGGACGACACGAACAUGGCCAAAGCCGGACUUGAUGAGUAUGGCCGCGCACCGAAGAGCGAGAUCAAAGAUUCUCGUUCCGAUCUUCAAACUCAGGAGAUGCCCAUCGGCACGGAAGGCGCUCUAGGACCUGGAAACAUCCCCUCUGUUGCGGCUGCUCAUCACACAACUCCAUACAUCCGCCUACCUCAUAUGGCAAUUGGUCCGCAAUGCAAUGACUAUGGCUAUGGAAGCGGCCAGCACACAUCAACUCAUCUUGCCAACUUCCGCGCCUACGGUCCUGCAAACACUUCUGUUCCCUAUACCCGCGAGCACAACGACAGUGUCAAGCCAGAACACGUCGACGACAACAGAUACUCUACAUCCUUCAACGGCUACAACCCUAUCCCAAGUCCUGACGUCUUCAACACCUGUGCACCAGCCAAGCUGGAGAACACAUACCGCAACGCCCGUGUCACACCUCCCUCUGGUCAUGACUCUUCAUUCCGCCUCGACAUGUUCAAUGCAGCUUUGACCAACCCUGUGACUCCUGGAGUUGAGGCCAGGCUUAGACAGGAGUACAUCGAUCCUGUCAUGGAAUCACCAACCGUCAAGGAUGACAUUUCUGAGACUGCAUCUGACAAGUUCUAUCCCUCGCCCGUCGCACGCCAGGCUUACCAGAACCAUAACUUGGGAUAG